AUGGGAGAGGCCUUUGCCCUGCAUGACGCCCCCGAGCGGAAGGAGCCGAACACCCUCUUGUCUCCCUUGGCUCUCGCCCUGUCGUUCGCGCUCGUCCUGGAAGGAUCGGUGGCCCGGACCAUAGACCGCGUCCUCGAGACACUCGGCUGGCAACUUCUCAGGGACUCGGACAUCCGCUACGUCAUGGCUCACUCUCUGCAUCGCCUGUCGCACUUCCCAAACGACAGCGUGCGCGUCGAGGCGGCCGCGUUCGUCCAGCGCGACUUUGACGUCACCAGGACGUAUCGGCAGUCCCUGGACACGUACUACGGCGCCGACGUCCUGUUGGUCAACUUCCUCGACCGCAGGGCGGCGCUCGUGGCUUUGAACGCGUGGGUGUGCCGAGUGACAUCACGCCAUGCGCCCGUCGUCUGUGAUUUCAUUGGCGUAAUCCUGCGGCUACUCUUGGACAACACCUCGGAGAUCGACUCCGCGUCAAGGUUCAUGGCCGCGGGCGUCCUCACCCUGAAGCUAUCGUUCGAUCAGCCCUUCCAAAAUCCCAGAGUUCAGCUGCCAUUCACCUCCGAGUUGCAGUCGCAGUCCAUCGAGGCCAUGCAUACGGUGGGAACGUUCGGCUACAAGCAGUUCGCAGACCGUGGUUUCGACGCCGUGGCCUUGCCGCUGCUGUCCGGGAACCUGAGCCUGGUCAUUCUGGUGCCUGCCGAGGGCUCUACCGGACUGCGUGCACGCGUUCGCUCCUCUCUCAAGGUCACAUCCGUGUGCGGACUCAAGUCGGCACUGACUGCCCUGGGCUAUGGCCACCUGUUCGACCGAUUCCAGACGAACAUGGCGGCGGUGAGCCGGCACGGUCACGCCUACGUGGCCAACAUCAUGAACGCCGUCUCACUCGACGUCGGCCCCGUCACGUCGACGUCGGCGACCGAAGCUGUCGAUGUCCCGACAGCGUCUCCGCCGGUCGCGUUUCACGUCAACAGGCCCUUCAUAUACGUGGUCGCCGACAACACGGACGGCCUGCCCCUGGCCAUUGGGCAGUUUGUAGAUCCGUCAGGAUCGGCUGCCGCCGAGGCUUCGAACAAGUUGUGA